AUGCUACGAAACGCCGCCAGCGCUGCUCGCAAGGCCGUCACGGAUCUGUCGCAGUUCCCCAAGGCCGGCGACAAGCUUCAUGGCUUCACCCUCGUCCGCUCUCAGCACAUCCCUGAGCUCGAGUUGACGGCCCUGCAUCUCCAGCACGACAAGACGGGCGCCGACUACCUGCAUAUUGCUCGUGAGGACAGCAACAAUGUCUUUUCGAUUGGCUUCAAGACAAACCCUCCGGAUGACACGGGCGUCCCGCACAUUCUCGAGCACACCACCCUGUGCGGAAGUGAAAAAUUCCCCAUCCGCGACCCUUUCUUCAAGAUGCUGCCGCGCACUCUGUCCAACUUCAUGAACGCCUUUACCGCAUCGGACCACACCUUUUACCCCUUUGCCACGACCAACGAGCAGGAUUUCAAGAACCUCAUGUCCGUCUACCUCGACUCGACGCUGCACCCCCUGCUAAAGCAGUCUGAUUUCACUCAGGAGGGAUGGCGAAUCGGCCCGGAGAACCCCCUGGCCGAGGACAAGGAGAGCAAGAAGCUCGUCUUCAAGGGUGUUGUCUACAACGAAAUGAAGGGGCAGAUGUCGGAUGCCGGCUACAUCUACUACAUCCGCUUCCAGGACCACAUCUUCCCGGAUAUCAACAACUCGGGUGGCGACCCGCAGAAGAUCACCGACCUCACCUACGAGCAGCUCAGGCGCUUCCAUGCCGAGAACUACCAUCCCAGCAACGCCAAGGUCUUUACCUACGGUGACUUGCCUCUCGCCGACCAUCUCAAGGAGGUUGACGCACGCCUGCGUUCGUUCGACAAGAUCGAGGCCGACCGCCAGAUUCACGAGCCGGCGCAGCUGGACGGGCCCCGUGAGGUGACGCUGCAGGGGCCCCUGGACCCGCUGGUGGACGCCGAUCGACAGUACAAGUCUUCGGUAUCGUGGGUGACGGGCGACACGACCGACGUGCUCGAAUCGUUCUCCAUCUCGCUCCUCUCGACACUCCUGAUGGACGGCUACGGGUCUCCGCUGUACCGCGGCCUGAUCGAGACGGGUCUGGGUGCCGACUACAGCCCCAACGCCGGCUACGACAGCUCGGCCAAGCGCGGCAUCUUUUCCAUCGGCCUGACGGGCAUGCAGGAGGAGGAUGUGCCGAAGCUCAAGGCCAGGAUCCAGGAGCUCCUGCGCGAGGCUCGUGACAAGGGCUUCGACAAGACCAAGAUUGACGGGUCGCUGCACCAGCUGGAGCUGUCGCUUAAGCACAAGACGGCCAACUUCGGAUUUUCGAUGCUCAAUCGCCUCAAGCCCAAGUGGUUCAACGGCGUGGAUCCGUUCGACUCGCUGGCCUGGAGUGAGAACCUGAACCGGUUCAAGGCCAAGCUAGCCGAGGGUGACUACCUGGAGGGCUUGAUCGACAGAUACCUCCUCAACGAUAACACGCUGACGUUCACCAUGGCGCCGUCGCCCACGUAUGGCGAGGAGCUGGCCAAGGAAGAGGAGGAGCGUCUUGCGUCGCGCAUCAAGGCGGCCGUGCAAGAGGCCGGAAGCGAGGAGGCGGCCCAUGCCAAGUUUGAGGAGCAGGAGCAGGCGCUCCUGCACGAGCAGAGCAAGACCAACACGGAGGACCUGAGCUGCCUUCCCACCGUCUACGUCAAGGACAUCCCUCGCAGGAAAGAGCCGACGAUUGUGCGCGACGACGAGGUGGACGGCGUCCCAGUGCAGUGGCACGAGGCGCCGACCAACGGUCUGACGUAUUUCCGCGCCAUCAAGACGCUGGACAACCUCCCCGACGACCUGCGGGAGCUUAUACCCCUGUUCACGGACAGCAUCAUGCGCCUCGGCACAAAGGACAUGACGACGGAGCAGCUCGAGGACCUGAUCAAGCUCAAGACGGGCGGUGUAUCGAUAGGCUACCACUCUACACCGUCGCCGACCGAUUUCCAGCAGGCGAGCGAGGGCAUCAUCUUUACUGGAAUGGCGCUGGACCCCAACGUGCCGGCCAUGUACGACCUCCUGCACAAGAUGGUGCUGGAGACGGACUUUGACAGCCCCGACGCGGCGCUCCGCAUCCGCCAGCUGCUGCAGGCGUCGGCCGACGGGCUGGUCAGCGACAUCGCGUCGUCAGGCCACCGGUUCGCCAUGGGUGCUGCCGAGUCCAACCUCACGCGCAGCGCGUGGCUCAGGCAGCAGGUAUCCGGCAUGUCGCAGGUCAAGCUGGUGACACAGCUGGCCAACCGGCCCGAAUCGGACGGGCUGCAGGACGUGAUCUCCAAGCUCAAGCAGAUCCAGGCUCUGGCACUGGCGAGCGGCAAUAUGCGCACGGCCAUCACGUGCGGACAGGAGAGCGCCGGCGAGAACGCUGCGUCGCUGCAGCGAUGGCUCAGCGGCCUCCCUCGGGGCCAGGCCAACGCUGACGUGGCGACACCCACGCCCCUCCCCAGGGACAGCAAGACCUUCUUCCCGCUGCCCUAUCAGGUGUACUACGGCGGGCUGGCGGUGUCGACGACGUCGUACACGUCGGCCGACGGCGCGCCGCUCCAGAUCCUCUCGCAGCUCCUCACGCACAAGCACCUGCACCACGAGAUCCGCGAAAAGGGUGGAGCCUACGGUGGCGGCGCGUACUCGCGGGCGCUGGACGGCUUGUUCGGUUUCUACUCGUACCGCGACCCCAACCCGCAGAACACGCUGGGCAUCAUGCGCGGCGCAGGACGGUGGGCGCGCGACCGCGAGUGGUCGGACCGCGACAUCGAGGAGGCCAAGAUAUCGGUGUUCCAAGGCGUCGACGCGCCCAAAUCUGUCAACCAAGAGGGCAUGUCGCGCUUCACGUCUGGCGUGACGGAUAGGAUGCAGCAGAUCCGCCGCGAGCAGCUGCUCGACGUCACGAGGGACCAGGUCAGGGAGGCGGCGCAGAAGUAUCUCGUCGACGCGACGGAUGCCCGCACGGCUUUCCUGGGCGAGAAGGCUGGUUGGGUUGACGGAUCGUGGGUGGUGCGCGACAUGGAUAUCAAGGGGGAAUGA